GAACAGUGAAAGUGCAAAAAGUUUUGUGGUCCGGAUACAAAUUCUUCGUUGCUGGCUGUUUCGGCUAACCCUCGACCAACAUGAAUAUCUUCAGACUGUUAGGGGAUCUUUCCCACCUUGCCGCACUCAUAAUAUUGUUAAUAAAAAUUUAUUCUUCUCGUUCGUGCAAGGGCCUCUCAGGAAAAACUCAAAUUAUGUUUGCGUUGGUGUUUACUGCCCGAUAUGUUGACUUGUUCAUAUACUACAUAUCUGCAUAUAACACGAUAAUGAAGAUUACAUUUAUUGCGUUGUCUUAUUUAACGGUUUACUUUAUAUAUGUUAAGUUCAAGGCAACUUUAGACACAAAUGAUCAUCUGUUUCGUCUUCCCUACUUUGUGAUCCCCAUUGGAGGUCUCGCAUGUCUUGUCAACCACAAGUUUGAGUUUUUGGAAGUACUGUGGACAUUUUCUAUAUAUCUGGAAUCAGUUGCUAUUUUGCCUCAAUUAUUUAUGAUCAGUAGUACAGGUGAAGCGGAAACGAUAACUGCGCAUUAUUUAUUCGCAUUGGGAUCUUAUCGUGCUUUGUAUUUGGUCAAUUGGAUAUACCGAUAUUAUGUGGAAGAUGUUUAUGACUUGGUAGCUAUUAUAGCUGGAUGUGUUCAAACACUAUUAUACAUUGAUUUCUUCUACCUUUAUGUCACUAGAGUACUCAAAGGUCGCCAACUUAUUCUUCCAGUCUGAGAAAAAAGGGUGUGUUGUAAUUUUCGAUUAAUAUCUUGUUUAGCAAUAUUUCGUUACAAUAUUGGUUCAUUUGUCUUAGUGGUAAAUUUGUUGAAAACAUGUUCAGACCUCAAGUGCCCAGCUAAAUCGAUUCAUUACUGGUUCUAUUCAGUUUAAUGUUCUUCUUGAACUAUAAACUUUGCUUUCCUUCUCUUAUCUAUGUGUUUUUCUAUCCAGUAUUAUUGACUUCACUGUUUAUGGUUUCAUAAGAAUAUAAGUGACAUGGACUAUUUGGUGUGUUUGUUUUAUUUUAUGUAUUUAUAUAUAAGAAAGUGUUCGCUUCGCUUCAUUUUCCCUUAGAAAUGUAAAACGCUUUCAACCCAUAUAUAUAUAUAUAUAUAUAUA